AUGUCUACUUCCAGACACAAUGCUUCGAGUCAACUCGGAAGGAUCCUAAGUUUCACCAGUACUCAACAUCAAAUACGAGGACAUCCGAAGGAAGGUGGAAAGAAUGCUCAUGAAUCUGAACAACAACACCUUGGAGAUAGAAUCCAACGAAGACUGAUUGCUACGACUCCAAAGGUGCAGCAUUUGGGACUAUCACAUCCGCUAGCUCCAGCAAAGGACACAUUCACCGAAGACGACGCUCCCGGUACAAGUAAGGGAGAGUCGACGCAAAAAAACCCGAGAGAUGGACAACCCGGCACUAAGACAGCAGAAAAGAGGAAGAAAAUCUACUGUGCGUCGAAGCUAUAG